AUGGCCAGAGCAACCGUGCUCAUCACCGGCGCCACAGGGCUGCUCGGCCGCGCCGUCGCCGAGCACUUCCGCACCAGAAGAUGGAUCGUCAAGGGCCUGGGCUUCUCGCGCGCCGACGGCGUCGACGUGCUCAAGGUCGACCUCAAUGACGAGCCAGCGCUCGCCAAGGCGUUGGACGAGGCCAACCCGCGGGUCAUCGUUCAUUGUGCGGCCCAGAGGUUCCCAGACAAGGUCGACAAGGAUCCCGAGGGUGCCAAGGCCCUCAACGUCGCUGCCACCGAGAGCCUCGCCUCCCUUGCGGCCCGCCGCAAGAUCUUCAUGAUUUACAUCUCCACCGACUACGUCUUCCCUGGCACGCCGGGCGACGCACCGUACGAGGCCUUCUCCAACCCGCGCCCGACUAACCUGUACGGGGAGACCAAGCUGGACGGCGAGCGCGCCGUGCUUCACACGUUUGCGCAGCUGGGCAAGCAGGGUUCCGCCGUUGUGCUCCGCGUCCCCGUGCUGUAUGGCCACGCCGAGACGCCGGCCGAGAGCGCCGUCAACGUGCUCAUGGAGGCCGUGUGGAAGGCCCAGACCGAGGGCGUCAAGAUCAAGAUGGAUCACUGGGCCGCGCGCUACCCGACGAACACCGAGGACGUCGGACGCGUGUGUCGCGACGUGGCCAUCAAGUACCUGAGCGCGCACACCGUUCGAGACAACCUGCCCCAGAUCCUGCAGUUCUCGAGCGAGGACAAGGUGACCAAGUACGAGAUUUGCCGGCGCUUUGGCGACAUCAUGGGUUUGUCGACGGCGAACAUCGAGCCCGACACGCAGGGCAAUGACCCCAACGCCGCGGUGCAGAGGCCAUAUGACUGCCACUUGAGCACAAGGGGCCUUCAGGAGCUCGGCAUCGACGUGUCGGCCGUCAGCUUUACCGACUGGUGGCGACGCGAGGUUGGAGCCUUUCGCAAGUAA